AAAUGCAAACCACCAUCUCCUCAUUCAAUUCUUCAAGUAUUUCCCAGCAAAACUAUAUACAAGGUAGUAGCUAGUGAUGUCUUAAAUUCAUUGUUCUUAUAUACAAAUUAAACAUUCUAUGGACAUCAUAUAAUACCAUAAAUGUAGUAUUUAGCCAUAUAGGAUAUAUCCUCCAAGUAAAAAAGUACUACAAAAUUGCGUCAAGAAGUUCCAUUGUUCUAACCCUACCUUUUCACUGCCGCACCUAGCUCAUUUUCCCACGUGCCAAACAGCAAGCCCUUGUUUUGUGCACUUCUCCAAUCUCCAAACAUGGCCUCAUCAUCAUCAUCAUCUUCCAAGAGGCAUCCAGUCUACCAUGGAAUCCGGUGCCGGCGAGGAAAAUGGGUCACUGAAAUCCGGGAGCCACGCAAGGACACACGCAUAUGGCUGGGAACGUACCCCACCCCUGAGAUGGCCGCCGCUGCCUAUGAUGUGGCGGCGCUGGCCCUAAAAGGCGGUGGAGCAGUUCUCAACUUCCCUGACUCCGCCGACAAGUAUCCGGUGCCGGCAUCCAAAUCCCCUGCGGACAUCCGCAGUGCUGCUACUGCUGCUGCGCAACAAAUGGAGGAAACUGAUGCUGCUGCUGCUGCAGCAGCAGCUGGGAACACAGACACAGUUCAUGAGCCUCCUAAUAACAUUGAUGCUGUUGCUGAUGCCACUCUUUUGUCUGAAACUGAAUUUAUGGAUGAGGAAGCCAUAUUCUUCAUGCCAAAUUUGCUGAUCGACAUGGCUGAGGGAAUGCUGCUGUCUCCUCCCAGAAUGAACCCACCACCGUCGCCUGAUAAUUCUGGUGGAGAAAGUUUGUGGAACUAUUUUUGAUCCACACAUAAAUCUAUAUCUAUAUAAAUAUAAUAAUAGAAUUUCUCCCCUAAAUUCUUCAAACUAUAAACCAGUUGAAAUUAAAUAAAUAAACUGGAAUAUAGGCAGAUCACACAUCGACCGCAGUGAUAACUAGAUUAGUAGCAUGUUUGUAUGAGGAUGAAUAAUGUUUUGACACUUUAAAAUCACUUACUAGCUAGGAUGAUAAGAUAGGAAGGGAAGAGAGAUAAAUGAAUAAUAUAUAUGAUAGACAGUGUGAUAAGAAAUGCAAAGAGAUGUAUGAAUAAAAAAUAAGUUGAAAUAA